GUUCACUCUCUAUCAAUGUACUCUUUCUCCAUUUGGUUUUAUCAGCACUGAUCAUUAUUUUUUAUGUUUUGGAAGUGCUGGUGUGGAAAAAUUCAGGUGAUCCUGUCCCUUCUUAGGUGCAAUUUAGAUUUACAUGAUAAUGAUAAGAAAAAGGAGAUCUUUGUUGCUGAAUUGAGCAAGGUAGAGACAAAAGUUUUGGAUUACGAGUACCUGAUUAACUUAAUGAAAGGAAGAAAAAAGUGCAAUGAUUUGCAACUUGUUGGUAAGAUGAAUGUAUCAACAAUUUUAACUCUAUGCCACCAUGACAAUUUCACAAUGAUGGAAACACAGUUUGUGUUAUUCGGCGACCCUUCGACUCAGAAGAACUUGAAAAAGGGUUUAAUUCAAAAAUUAGCAAAUAUUUUCCGAAAGUUCCGUGAGCCAAAUUCAAAGGUUGAGAGUGAGAUCAAUUUGUUAGAGAAAAAUGUUGCACCAAAUUUUGAGUUGGCUGCUAUUGUUGUGAGAGAACGUGUUCCAUUUGAUUGUGUUGAUAAAGUGGGAGGUUGGGGUUUGAAGUUUCUUAAUACAUUGCGUUGUGAAUGUUAUGGUAGAGAAAAUGGCGAAGAUUAUGAAAAUUGCAAUAGGCAUAGCAUCAAUGUUAUAAUUCCAGCAGGGAUUCAUGGUGGACCAAAAAGUAGAAAUGAUGGGCCAUCUAGUCUUAUAGAUAGAUGGAAAUCUGGUGGAGGUUGUGAUUGUGGAGGUUGGGAUGAAGGAUGUCCUUUGACUGUGUUUCAGACAAAAUCUAGCAAUAGUGAAAUUUUGUCUCAACGAGAUCAAAAUUGCAAGUCACUUGAUAUAGUUACUCAGGAUUCAAGCAAUUCCAGCAUCAUCUUGAGCAUGAGGAAUAUCAAGGACGGUUUAUAUUAUGGUUAUUUCAAACCUCCCUUAUCUGCACUGCAAUCUUUUUCCAUUGCAUUGGCGAUUACUCAUUGGUGGAAUCAUUCUCUUGGGCCUAUUACUGCAAAGAAGACGAUGUGA